AUGCAGGAUUCGCAAUUGACCGCCACCGAGGACCCAGCAAUUGAUCGAGACACCGAUCCUCUGGAUGGACAGAGUACUUACAAGGGCGGAACUGGCGAACGUUUCUCGAUGACUCGGCCAAAAGAUCAGAUCGACAGAAACACCGACCCUCUGGAUGGAAGCACAAUAAACAGAGAAUCUUACAAGGGUGGAACUGGCGAACGUUUCUCGAUGACUCGGCCAAAAGAUCAGAUCGACAGAAACACCGACCCUCUGGAUGGAAGCACAAUAAACAGGGAAUCGUACAAAGGCGGUACUGGCGAACGUUUCUCUAUGACUCGGCCGAAAGAUCAGAUCGACAGAAACACGGAGCCGCUCGAUGGAAGCACGGUCAACAGGGACUCGUAUAAAGGCGGUACUGGCGAACGUUUCUCUAUGACUCGGCCGAAAGAUCAGAUCGACAGAAACACGGAGCCGCUCGAUGGAAGCACGGUCAACAGAGAAUCCUUCAAGGGCGGAACUGGCGAACGUUUCUCUAUGACUCGGCCGAAAGAUCAGAUCGACAGAAACACGGAGCCGCUCGAUGGAAGCACGGUCAACAGGGAAUCGUACAAAGGCGGUACUGGUGAAAGAUUCACGCUGGCUCGUCCAAAGGAUCAGAUUGACAGGAACACCGAUCCUCUGGACGGAAGCACAAUAAACAGAGAAUCCUUCAAGGGCGGAACUGGCGAACGUUUCUCCAUGACUCGGCCGAAAGAUCAGAUCGACAGAAACACGGAGCCGCUCGAUGGAAGCACGGUCAACAGGGAAUCGUACAAAGGCGGUACUGGUGAAAGAUUCACGCUGGCUCGUCCAAAGGAUCAGAUUGACAGGAACACCGAUCCUCUGGACGGAAGCACAAUAAACAGAGAAUCCUUCAAGGGCGGAACUGGCGAACGUUUCUCGAUGUUCCGACCCAGGAAUAAUCUACAGUUAGGUGGUUACCCUUUCACUGGUACGUCGCAGACGAGAGAUGAUUUCAAAUACACUGCCCCUAAAACUUGUCCUGCAGCGAGGAUUGUAUCCUCAAAAAGAAGAACACUUGACCACGACAAAUUCUUCUGA